AUGGACUACGAAGCAGACCGUCAGAAACGCGAGGUAUAUCGAUAUUUCCAGCCAGAAAAUCCAGCGGCGCUUAAUGCAUCACUUCUUCAACUUGAUGAGCAUGUGGCAUCUACAGCAGGUUUUUCAGGAGUGACUACCCCUUUUGUACCCGACGAGUCUGAAUCAAAAACGAGUUUUUUUGAAGGCAGCUCUCCGUCAAGUCCAAAUACAACUUUGACUUCUUUUGCGCAACUGGCCGCUCUACGUCUGAGCGCGCAGCGUGCUUUUAUUACUGUAUUGAAUACCGACUCCCAGUUUAUAUUGGCUGAAGCCACAAGAAACUCCAAUCUUAGAAGCUCAAAGUCAUCUGCCGGAGAAGGAGAUACACUCUUCGCUGGGACAUCGACAGUACCAGAUGCUUGGAAUAUAUGCCAGGAAACAGUUGCAGUAAGCUCAGACAACGAAGAUGGAUUAUAUUCAUUUUUGGUAGUCAACGAUCUUCAACAGGAAGAACGAUUUAGAGAAUUACCCUUUGUGGCGCAAGGACCACACUCUCGUUUUUAUGCGGGAACGCCCCUAACCAGCCAUAGCGGUAUCAAUUUAGGAUGUCUGUUCGUAUUGGAUUCUGAACCUCGCCAAGGCCUAUCCGAUAUCGAGAAGGAUACAUUAGGAAGAGUGGCAGAGUUGGUAAUGGACUAUUUAUUGGUUAGCCGUCAAGCCGCAGAAGGGCGACGGGCCUCGCGGCUAUCGCGUGGUCUGCAUCUUUUCGUCGACGGCAACUCUAGUUUCGCCAGCAACGCUCGCAUGUCGUCUCGGUCGAACAGCUCAGCACAGAGUUUGUCACCGCGGAUCUCACCUCACCUCAGAGGUAGUCGAUCUGCUAGCUCCCAAAAUGAUGAACUGGAAUCUCGCUCCCCACGUUCUAGAUCAGGAAAUGCGUCUCAAAACGACGAUGGACGAACUUUGAGCCCAGAUUCCAACCAGAAUGACACAUGUGUCCCUCCUAGUCCAACGGCGUCGUUGCACAGCUCGCGACAGGACGAUAGUAGUUCGGAGGAUUCCUCAAGCAGCAACCACUGGCUUUUCCAACGUGCUGCGAACCUCUUGCGACAAAGUCUGGACUUGGACGGUGCUGGCGGUGUCAUGUUCUUGGAAACCAGUGACAACUUCUCCGAAUAUGUCGCAGCCGGUCAUUGUGACUCCGCCGAAUCCACGAAUCCUGCUCCUAUUCUUGCGCUGUCCACCAGAGAUGAUCCAUUUUCAUAUCAGGCAAACUCUACUUUAUCAGAUCCAGCUGUCAACCUUGACAAUGUCUUUCUGAAACAGUUGCUGCAUCGCUAUCCUAAAGGGAAACUCUGGUCAUUUCACCACGAUGGAACAUUUUCAACUUCAGAAGAUCAGAUAACCGACGAGUGUCAGAAACAAAGAAAGAAGUCAAAGGCUUCGGAGACCAGCAAACUGAAUGAGUUCUUCCCUGAUGCAUCUCAAGUCAUGUUUGUCCCAUUGUGGAAUGCCACAGAUUCCCAGUGGUUCGCUGGGUGUUUUUGUUGGACUCCCCACCCAACGCGAGUUUUCAGUCCUGCUGUUGAUCUGAGCUCAGUAUUUGCUUUCGGAUCCUCCAUUAUGACUGAAUACAGCCGUGUUGAAUCAGUUAUCGCAGACCGCCAAAAGGGGGAUUUUAUAAGCAGCAUUUCCCAUGAAUUACGCAGUCCGUUGCAUGGUGUCUUGGCUGCGGCCGAGUUCUUUGGAAAUACUACCUUGGACCAGUUCCAGUAUACCCUCCUCGAUACGAUAAAUGCAUGUGGUCGGACUCUCUUGGAUACGAUGAACCAAGUUUUAGACUUCAGCAAAAUCAUGUCGCUGGAAAGGCACAAGAAAACCUUCAGGCGUGGAAAAGAUCCAUGGAAACCAAAACCACCCGAGGACAGUGUGGCGAACCUGGAUACAUUGGUUUUGACAGAUGUGGCUCUCUUGAUAGAGGAUGUGAUAGACAGCGUGUGCUUGGAUACCUUUUCAACACUGCCUUCCAAGUCAGCAAAAGGAGUUGGUCACAUCUCAGGAGUGGAUGUCGUUGUUGACAUUACUGAUAAUGACUGGAUGUACAAAGUCCCGCCGGGGUCGCUGAGACGCCUGAUUAUGAAUAUCCUUGGCAAUGCGCUGAAGUAUACCAAAAAGGGUCGGAUCUCAGUCUGCAUGGAUCUCACCGAGCGCUCACAGGGUCGCUCUCGACGCCAGGGUCUCGAAGAUAUGGUGACAUUGACCAUCUCAGACACGGGUAAGGGCAUUUCGAAGGAAUAUCUUCGGAAGCAUCUAUUCACUCCAUUCUCACAAGAAGAUCCGCUGUCAGUAGGUACUGGUCUUGGUCUAUCAAUUGUUCGCGGCAUUGUGAAAACACUCCACGGGAAAAUUCAUGUCCGAAGCCGACAGGGCGAAGGCACUAUUGUCAAGGUGUCGCUUCCUCUUGAACGUCUAGUGGGUGAUGAAAACCCACAAUCAACGUCCUAUAAGGAAAUGGGAAACGUGCUGCUAUCUGGGGGGAUCGGUUCGUCUCAUCUCGAAGAGCAUCCGUUCUGGGCUUCCAUAACUCGGUAUAUCGCGGAUUGGUAUGGUCUGCAGCUUGUUCCUCUAUCUACCAAUGAGCCUAUUGAUAUUCUGCUUGCGGAUGAAAGGGAUUUGUCUGCAAAGGAAUUACACGGGUUCCCAACAGAGUUGCGAAGUCUGCUCGUCUUUUGCAGCGAGACGCGCGAUUAUGGUGAUCCUAGGACACAAUGGUCGCAUCUUGCUGACUCUCUCUCAAUCCUCCAUCGACCUUGCGGCCCACGGAAACUCUCCCGUGGUAUUUUGAGCUGUCUUGAUACGAGGCCGACAACCCCUACGUUAAAUCCGCAGAAUUCCGGGGAAGGUUUAGUACUUCCAGAGCGACCCGCUCUUACAGGCUCGGCUUUGCCAAUUGAACAGUCCAACCCCUCAUUACCAGGAAACCUACAAUCACCAGAUGCUGGACCAUCAACUCCCGCGCCGGGGUCCAGAAAUUCCACCAUUGGUUCUACAGACCGUAGCAAUUUUGUCUUUACGUCGCAUACUGACGGCUCUGAUCGCACAAUAUCGGGAAGUACUGAUUCCACCAAUGCUGGGUCUUCUUCUGCUCGAUCUUCAUCUGGCGGCUCAGAUCAUGUUAGUACCUUAACUGAGAGUCGAAACAGACCCCGGGUAUUGGUGGUAGAUGACAACAAUAUCAACCUUCACCUCAUGAUGACAUUCAUGAACAAACGGAAAGUCAUGGUUUUGGAUAAAGCCGAGGAUGGCAGUGCGGCCGUCGAUGCGGUUGAAAAAAUGCAGCAGGGAUAUGACCUUAUUUUCAUGGACAUGUCUAUGCCAGUUAUGGACGGAUUUGAGGCGACGCGCGCCAUUCGUGCAAUCGAGAAAGAACGGGAUGGCUCUGUUGCGGCAACAAUUAUCGCAUUGACAGGACUCAGCAGUACACGCGAUGAGUUCAGGGCCUUGGAUUCAGGAGUGGAUCUUUUCCUUAUGAAGCCUGUUUCUUUUAGGGAAGUAUCAAGGCUUAUUGAUGAAUGGGAGGCCAAGCGGCCGAAAUAA